AUGAAUUAUGCUGAUGCUGACGAGAAUUAUGGUUAUGCUGACGAUGACCAUGCUUAUGCUGACGAGAAUUAUGUUAAUGCUGAUGAUAAUUAUGCGGAAGAUGAAGAUGAUUAUGUUAAUGCUAACGAUGAUUAUGUUAAUGCUAACGAUGAUUAUGCCGAUGCUGACGAGAAUUAUGCUGUCGCUGACUAUGAUUAUGUUAAUACUGGUGAUUAUUAUGUUAAUGCUGGUUCUGACGAGAAUUAUUCAGAUGCUGGCGAUUAUUAUGUUAAUGCUGGCGAUGAUUAUGUUAAUGCUGACGAGAAUUAUGCUGAUGCUGGCGAUUAUUAUGUUAAUGCUGACGAUGAGUAUGUUAAUGCUGACGAGAAUUAUGCAGAUGCUGGAGAUGAUUAUGCUGAUGCUGGCAAUGAUUAUGCUGAUGCUGGCAAUGAUUAUAAUUAUGCUGUCGCUGACUAUGAUUAUGUUGAUGCUGGCGAUGAUUAUCUUAAUGCUGACGAGAAUUAUGCUGCCGCUGACUAUGAAUAUGUUGGUGCUGACGAGGAUUAUGCAGACUCUGGCGAUGAUUAUGUUAAUGCUGGCUAUUAUUAUGUUAAUGCUGACGAGAAUCAUGCUGAUGCUGACUAUGAUUAUGCUCAUGCUAACGAGAAUCAUGCUGAUGCUGACUAUGAAUAUGUUGGUGUUGACGAGGAUUAUGCAGGCGAUGAUUAUGUUAAUGCUAGCUAUUAUUAUGUUAAUGCUGCCGAGAAUCGUGCUGAUGCUGACUAUGGUUAUGUUAAUUCUGACGAUGAUUAUGCUCAUGCUGACGAGAAUCAUGCUGAUCCUGACUAUGAUGAUGAUGAAAUACUGUCACUUGUCUGA